GUCGCCGCCGCUCCAGCAGCAAACUGAUUGUGCAUGCGGCUGGUGGCAGCGCUGCUGGUUCCUGCCGGCUCAGUCCAGGGCUUGUGCUCCACCCUUGUUGUGUUUUUUUUUUUUUUCCUUUCAGCUUUUGCAAUCUGACAGAGGAGAGCGAAAGCAACUUGAGGGGAAAAGACAUUCCCCCGAAGAGGAGCCGGAGGGCAGGUCCCGGUCCCCGUCCGCGCUAGGUGCGGGACACGCAGCCACGCCACUUGCUUUAGCCUAAAAAAGCCCCCAAACAAACCCAGGGGAGACAUUUGCCGUUGAAGUGAUUUUGCAGAGGCAGCAUGGACAUCAAGGAAUAUUUUGCCAGAAUUUCUUACCAGGGCCCCUGCGACAAACUGGAUCUGGAAACCUUAACGGGAAUAUUCCAGCACCACAUCCGCGCGGUCCCUUUCGAAAACCUCAGCAUCCACUGCGGAGAGCGCGUGGAGCUGGACCUGGAGCCGGUGUACCACAAGAUCGUGAGGAAGAACCGCGGAGGCUGGUGCAUGGAGAACAACCACCUCUUGUCCUGGGCCCUGAAAACUCUGGGAUAUGAUGUCACCCUUCUGGGAUCAAAAGUUUAUGUCCCAGAGUAUGAUGCGUACGCUGAUGAGAUCGAUCAUCUUCUGCUCAAAGUGGUGCUUCACGGCCAAUCCUACAUUGUGGACGGAGGUUUUGGGAUGGCCUACCAGCUCUGGCAGCCAAUGGAGCUGAUUUCGGGGAAAGAUCAGCCUCAGACUCCCGGCAUCUUUCGCUUCCUGGAAGAAAAUGGGAUCUGGUACCUCGAGAAAGUAAAAAGGAAACAGUAUGUCCACAGCCAAAACGUCUCUACUUCUCACAAUGAGGAAAAAGAAGUUUGCCGGCGAGUUUAUCUCUUUACCCUGCAGCCACGAGACAUCGAAGAAUUCAGACCCCGCAACGAGCACCUGCAGACAGCGCCCGGCUCCCUGUUUGUCACCAAGUCCAUCUGCAGUCUGCAGACCACCGAUGGCAUCCGGGCUUUGGUUGGGUGGAAACUCACGGAGAUAAAGUACAACUAUAAGGAUAAUAUGGAUCUGGUGGAAAUCAGAAUCCUUGCAGAUGAAGAAAUAGAGAAAACGCUGAAAGAGAAAUUCAACAUAACACUAGACAAGAAAUUUGUACCCAUCAAUACCAGCAGGUUGUCUCUGUUUUAACACACUGCCUGAUUUAAUUCAGUACGGUGAUAUUAAAUACAAUCUUUUCCCCUAUUUUUGUCAAGCACUAAAGGUUAGGCUUUCUCUUUCCAUCUACCCCAGCGUAAGGCAGAACAUAUUAGCAUGAAUCUGGAAAAGAAAUUGAUUUUCACCACUGUUCCUGCAUCCCUCCUUGGUUCAGGUACAAAUAAUUUCCUCCUGGCUCAGUCAAAUCACUCCCAUUCUCUUCAUGCUUAGCUGGAAGCAGACUCUGCCCAUUCCCUUCUCCUUUCAUCUCUUAAAAGCUUUUCCCGCUAACCCUGGCGGGGUGGAGAGCCCAGGCAGUAUGUCUUUUUCCUUAUUACUUUGCACUGCCACCUGGGGAAUACCAUACCUGCAUCUUAAAUGACUACCAUAUUCUUUUUGAAAUUUGAUAGCUGGAAAAACAAAGACAUUCAGUGUUCAGUUUGCUACAGCAAGCCGAAGUCUGUCCUCUUUUGCCCCUACAUUCCUAACACCCUUCGUGCGGUAACCACCCAGCUCCACACUUAGGACAUACGUGGUGAAUACUCAGAGUGGCUGUUUAUGGCCUAAAACUGUUGAUCAGAAACAUCUGGAGAAAAUUUGGUCUCGUUUCUGAUGUUACACAACUCCCACCCACCUGAUGUAUCCAAAAAGCAGUAAUUCUGCGCUCACUUUGGAUGUGAAGCGUCUCCCACGCAGCCCGUUUGCUAAAUCCAGCAGUGUCCUGCUGGGAAUACGUCCGCUGCUCACGGGGGUGUUCCCGCUACUCUGAAUAUCACUGCACGUUAAUUACUGUGGCUGAAUGCAAAUUCGUGCAUGGAAGGAUUUUUCCAAAACAUAUCUGUUCUACUGAAGAUGUGUUUGCAGUGAUACUAAUUAUAUUGAUAUAAGGAGAAAAGAUAAAUCUUAAUCAGAUACCUAAAGGCUAACAUUUUUAGUAUGAGAAAUUGCUCAAAUGUAAUCAUAUUGCCCUUUGAGAUGAUGCUUGAUGUUGCUUUAUGUACAAAUCACAGAAGCAUUACAACUAUGCACUUACUUAUAAUUAAGCAAAUUACAAUUCAAUAAAAGAAAUCAAGUGUUGUGAA